AUGGGCUCUGCGGAGAAGGAUCGUCUGAACGAAGACAAACUAAGAAAUAAAGACUGGAAACGAUGGGGGCCGUUCCUGUCUGAGCGACAGUGGGGGACGGUCCGGGAGGAUUACUCGUCUGAUGGAAAUUGUUGGAACCAUUUCCCUCAUGACCAUGCGAGAUCACGUGCAUACCGGUGGGGCGAGGACGGACUACUGGGGAUUUGUGACAGGAAAUGUCGCCUCUGCCUCUCUCUGGCACUAUGGAACACCAAGGACACGAUCCUUAAAGAACGCCUGUUUGGCUUGACGGGACAUGAGGGUAACCAUGGGGAGGAUGUGAAGGAAUUGUAUUACUACCUAGAUAAUACCCCGACCCACUCUUACAUGUCCGCUCUCUACAAGUACCCACAUGCCUCGUAUCCCUAUACACAGCUUGUAGAAGGCAAUAAAGAGAGGUCGGUUGGGGAACCAGAACUGGAAAUUUUAAAUACUGGUGUGUUUGACAACGACGAAUACUUUGACGUAUUUGCCGAAUACUGCAAAGCCAGCCCAAACAACAUACUCGGACGUUACGUCAUCACUAAUAGAGGUACUACUCCCGCCACAGUGCACGUGCUACCCACGCUAUGGUUCCGGAACGUGUGGUCUUGGGGUGAAGAUUGCUACUGUUAUGAAGAACCUAAACCCAGCAUGUCUCAGGAAGCAGAGAGAAAAGUUGUUUGUCGACAUCCAACGUUGGGGAUUCCGAGAAGUAAACCCUUGGCUGGAAGGAGCAGAAGUAUAACGGAUCUUUUGUCUGAAGUAACCCCUGGAGUUUUUUACUUUGAAGUAGACGUGGAUCAGCAGGGUCACUGUCCCGAGUUGUUGUUUACCGAAAAUGAUUCGAACUUGGAGCGCUUGUUCGGGUGUGGUAACACAACUGACUAUGUCAAGGACGCAUUCCAUUACUACGUCAUUAACGGUCAAACAGAGAGAGUGAAUCCGGCCAAAGAAGGAACAAAAUGUGCAGCGCAUUAUAAGCUCCACCUUGCGGAGGGGGAGGAGUUCGUCAUCAGAGUGAGGCUGUAUUUAGAAAGCGAGGCCCCAUUGCGUUGUUUUUCACCCAAUGAAUUUGAUUCUAUGUUUAAGCAAAGACGAAUGGAAGCUGAUGCAUUUUAUAAUCAGGUGAUUCCUAACAGACGCCCGACCGAUAAAGAUAUUGUGAGACAGGCCUAUGGCGGUCUAUUGUGGAGCAAACAAUUCUAUUACUAUAUCAUUAAAACUUGGCUGACGGGAGACAGAACACAGCCACGGCCUCCAACUAGAAGAGAAAAGGGCCGCAACUCUGAUUGGAAACAUUUGUUUAAUCGAGAUGUCAUUUCUAUGCCGGAUAAAUGGGAGUACCCAUGGUAUGCCUCGUGGGACCUCGCCUUCCACAUGAUCCCCAUGGCCAAUAUUGACAUCCAUUUCGCCAAGGAACAAAUCUUGCUGCUUUUGAGGGAAUGGUAUAUGCAUCCUAACGGUCAGAUUCCAGCCUAUGAGUUCUGCUUUGAAGAUGUCAACCCUCCAGUGCAUGCCUAUGCAGCUCUGAAAAUAUACAAAGCAUCUGGUACUAAAGGCAAGAGAGAUCUGGUAUUCCUUGCCAGGUGUUUCCACAAACUAGUCCUCAACUUCACAUGGUGGGUAAACAGGAAGGAUCCGGCCGGUAAGAACAUUUUCUCCGGUGGAUUUUUGGGUUUAGAUAAUAUUGGAAUAUUUGACCGGUCUAAACCCUUCCCGACGGGUGGCCGUCUUGUUCAAGCAGACGGUACAGCCUGGAUGUCGUUUUUCUGUUCCAUUAUGCUGGAGAUUAGUCUAAUCUUAGCAAAACGUGAUCCUACAUACGAGGACAUGGCCAGCAAGUUCUUCGAGCACUUCGUAGCCAUCAUAGAUGCCAUAAACGAAAAAGGAACCAUGGGUCUGUGGAAUGAAGAAGAUGGUUUUUACUACGAUCACGUAAAACACAAUAAGACAACUUAUCCUUUAAAGAUCAUGUCCGUAGUUGGAGUUGUCCCCCUUUUCUCAACUUUGGUGUUGAAGUUCUCGGAUAUAAAGAUGCACACGCACUUCUACAAGCGAACCAAAUGGUUUCUCAAGCACAGGAAGGAUCUUACUAAACGUAUCUCAUUCUUCUGUCAAGAGGGACGAGAAGAAGCGAUACUUUUAGCGAUAGUUAAGAAAGAGCAGCUAGUUCGAGUUUUAGCACACCUACUGAACGAGGAGGAGUUUCUGUCCCCCUACGGUAUACGGUCAUUGUCAAAGCGCCAUCUGGAUAAACCAUUUAACAUGGACGUUAAUGGAGCGACGUACGGCGUGCGUUAUGAGCCCGGGGAAUCUGAGACGAACAUGUUUGGAGGCAACAGUAACUGGAGGGGUCCGAUCUGGUUUCCAUUGAACUAUCUGCUGAUAGAAAACCUCUGCCGGUUCGACUACUACUACGGCGACAGUCUCAAGGUGGAAUGUCCAACUGGUUCCGGUCGUUUUCUGCGCCUGCGCGAUGUGGCUAAGGAGUUGUGUGAGAGACUGGUGUCUCUGUUUAUACCCGACAAGAACGGAAAAAGACCUUGUCAUGGAGAGGAUGAUAAGUAUGCCUCGGACCCUCACUUUCGGGACCUGGUGCUGUUUUACGAGUAUUUCCAUGGUGAUACUGGCAGAGGCUGUGGGGCAAGUCACCAAACAGGUUGGACGGCACUGGUAGCGAGCCUCUUCAAACACAUACAACAACACUCCCUCCACGCCACCACAAGUCUGUGUGAUAUCAGCUCUGAAGGAGAGGCUUGGUGACGUCAUUGUUAGUAAAAGUGACGUCAUUAAGAUUUCAUUGGGCAUCAACUGCGUAGUAGAUAUUUGAUAACAUCGCUGAGAGUCUAUGUGACAAACAGUUCGAAGGAGAAGAGCUAUGACGUCACGGAAAAAAAUCAUGACGUCACUAAGGGUACAUGUGACAACUAUUUGGGAUUGUGGUGACUUAACUGAGGGUCCAUGUAGCAUCAAAUGACAUUCAAAAGCAUAGUGGCAUAAUGGAGACAUCCACUUUGAAAACAUGUGUAUGCAUUAUCAGUUAUUAAAGAAUUAGAUUCUGGAAGUGGUAUAAACUAUGAAAAAAAUUUAGGACAACGACACUCAAGACUGUUUCUGUUUAUCAAUAAAUGGGCGACAGAUUGGGUUCGACACUGAUAAAAGUCAGACUGUCAUUCUAUAGAGAGACGAUAAACUUUGUCCUAUAUAGAUUAAAAACAUUUUAAAAA